GAGUGAAAGAGAGGCGGAGAUCGGGUGGACGAGGAUGAGAGGGGAGGGAGAAAGAGAGAGAGAGAGAGAGAGAGGUGGCGGGUGUCAGCUACGAGUCGGGCGCCGCAGUGUUUGUCAGUCCUUCGUAUGGACAUCACGUCUGACGCGGCUGAUAGUCUAGUCUCGCGCUCCUGGCAUUCGUGUGUACGCGUAAGUUUUGGCGGCAGCAUCCAUCAUCACCUCCGGUGCGGGACGUGUUGUCGCGCGUCAAAUUCGCCCGUCGAUGAGCUGCCGGACGUGCCUAUGCUCGUCGCUCGCAACUUGGUCGUCGCAACCCCGCGCGGAUCGUCUACUCGCAUCCGAUUGUCCGCGCGAGCGGUAAGUAAUUCGAGGAUCGACCUCGAAUCGUCGAUCGAGACGAUGUGAAGACGACGCCGCGAUUGGAGGCGAUGUGGCUUCCGUUGAUGCUGCUCGCCUUGAUGGCGAGCGGUUCCGCGUGCCCGGACCUGUGCCAGUGUCAUCCGAGUGCCUCCGACCAAGAACUGCCGGCUCUGGUGCGUGUCAAGUGCCGUGCUCGUGCGCCGCCGUUGGCGGAAUUGCCGAUCGAGACGAGGAGCCUCGCGAUCGAGGGUGCCAACCAGUACGAGGUGAUCGAUUUCUUCGACGAAUUGGAGUCGAGCGAUUCGCUCGACGAUUCGCUCCAAGUGGUCCAAAACGGUGGUACGUUGAACUUGGGCUUGGACGUUACGAACGGUACGUCGGACGAUUCCCUACGCAACUCGACGACGACGACGACGACGACGACGACGACGACGACGACGAUUCUUCCCUACCUCGAGGACCUGUCCUUGACGAACUGUUCGCUGGUGUUCUUGAACGUGUCGUGGCGCGGUUUCGAGCGCGUCACCGCGUUGAACCUAUCAUGCAACAAUCUGGCACGGUUGACCGACGUGCUAGCGGCCGGUAUGACAAAUAUGAGCGAGCUGACGCGUUUCGACCUGUCCGACAACUCGCUGACAGCCGUGAGUGCCGGGGCUUUUAGGACGCUUGCGGGAUUGGUGAGGUUGAGUUUGCGUAGAAACGCGAUAUCAAGCGUGCACGAGGACGCGUUCCGAGGACUGGAUCGGCUGGAGUUUCUCGACUUGUCGGACAACCGGCUGGCGGAUCUGCCGGACAGCGCGUUGACGCCGCUCUACUCUUUGCAGAAGUUGGACCUAAGUGGGAAUCAGCUGCAAGUGCUCGGCGCCAGGUGGUUCGAGAGCCUCGACCGAUUGAGGGAGCUCGACGUAUCGAGGAACGGGUUGGCGCGGGCGGCAUCCGGAACUUUGCAACCGCUCGCGGGAUUAUCGAUACUGAAACUGUCGGAGAACCCACUGAAAGAGAGGGACGUCUCCCUGUUGUUGGGUACCGGCAGACGCUUGGAGACGGUGGACGCGUCUCGCACGGGCCUGGCCAGAGUUCCAGCCGCUCUCACGAGAUCGGUCCGGGCGCUCCGACUGGCCGGCAAUAAGUUGACCACCAUUCGCGGCGGCGAUCUCGACAGUUAUCCUCUGCUGCGGAUACUCGACAUCUCGGAGAACCGACUGAUCGACAUCGAGGACGACGCUCUCGGACGGCUGGAGGUACUCGAGCAGCUGGACAUAUCCGGCAACGUUCUCGCCAAGAUCCCGGGCAGCCUGCCCAACAGUCUGACGAGCCUGAAGCUCCGGCGAAACGCGAUCACCGCGUUGAGGGUGGACGAUCUCCAGGGGCUGUACAAUCUGAGGUCCUUGACGUUGAACGACAACGACAUCAACGAGAUCGAGGUGGGAGCGCUCGGUCAAUUACCGGCACUCGAGGAGCUCGAUCUGUCGGAUAAUCCUGUUAGAACGUUGCCGGCCAACGCGCUCAGCGGGCCGAGCAACCUCGCCAGGCUCCGUAUGUCGGGAUUAACUUGGCUCGAGCGAAAGCAAGAGGUGCAGGGUGACAUGGCGUUUCCGGUGCCCACACCCGAAAGGCUCGUGUUUCUCGACGUGUCGAGGAGCCCGGUUCUGGCCAGGCAGCUUUUAGCCGACGACGCCGCGCUCUCCGCCUGCAAGAGCCUGAUCGAGUUGAAUCUGUCGCAGACCGACAUCACCGCGCUCAGGUUCGAUCUGCCUUACAUGCUGCCGCAGCUGCGUGUCCUGAACCUGAGCGGGAACCGUUGGCACUGCACGGAGGAUCUCUAUUGGCUGGGCGAAUGGCUGCGGCAACACCGACAACUGAACAAAACCGGUCAACCGCCGGCGGGUCGGUGCGAUACACCGCGGGAAAUGUCAGGAUCACCUCUCGACCAACUACCAUCGCCGCCGAGUCCUCUGCCCACCACCGUCACACCCACGAUCUUAUGGACGACUUCGACGUUAUCGAUCCUCUCUCCGAUCGAAAGUGCAUCUCGUUUUAAUAAUAACAACGUAACCGCGUCUUCCAACGUUACCGACGUCGUUGACGUCGUCGACUCCCUCAGCGACGAAUCACCAGCACCAAGUCUCGUCAACGACACCAGCAGUAUCAGCGUCAAGCAGUCGACAAUCGACGAAGGAAUCGCGGACUCGAAUCGCGUUACGUCGCUGCCCGAUAACAACCAGACGACGACCGCCACCUCCACGUUCCGGAACGUCACGUCGCCGAGCAGCAGAAUGACAGAGGGGAACGAGCGGAGAAGCACGCCGAGCGCUAGAGCGAUCGGAAUCGAGGAGAUCUCGUCGGAGAUGAAAAAUUCAAUUACAGACGUCGCCGGGCUGUCGCCACGCCAAGGGAGAGGCAACGGGGACAAACCGUCAAUUAUCAAGAUGGAGGAGCAGAAGGAAGAGGGGACUUUUGAUAAUCGUAUAGACGAUAAACAGAGGCAAAGGAGCAGGAGACCGAGCAAGAUCUCGAAACGUCCCGCAUCGUUUGGACAGCAGCAGCAACAGCAGCAGCAGCAGCAGCAGCAGCAGCAAUCGGGAGAAAAGAAGAAGACGGAAGAGAAGAGCCUGCAGACAAAGGAGAGUUCGUCCACGGUCACGGGCAACACUCCGGACUCGAACACGAUUGCGGAGGAAUUGAACGGGCGGGCGACCGAUUCCGACGCGAGGGUCUCCGAGGCUUUGUCCGCCGGCGCUCAUCCGGGAAUGUUGGUGCUGGCCGGUGCAGCACUCGGUGCCGCAGCUGCGCUCACCGUGGUGUUGUCGCGGCGAGCCACCGUACGCCGAAGGGACAGGUACCAUCGUCACGAGAACAUCGAGGUGCACACGCUCACGCCGACCACCGAACUUUGGUGACCAGACUCGGAGUACGCUCGAUUGUUCGACCGAGAUAAGCGAGGGACGGGCAACGAGGACUACGAGAAACGUAUGGAGAUCUUGUCAAUAUUGUCUCAGCGGCUACGGAGGACGCGGCCGAACUAUCCGCGCUCGUGCCCACCCGGGAACGAAAUGCCAAAUUAAAUCUAUUUUUCAUUUUUCCCUUUCCGUUUCGCCGCGAUUCCGUACGUCGGCCGCACGCGAGUAUAGCCAAGUGAAACACGAACAAACUCCGAUAGAGAAGCUUCGAAGAAGCUGACCAACCGACAGCGAGAGGCUAACAGACCAGGGACUUGAACAAGAAUUCGUCUCGAUACGAAGGUUUGCUGAUGAUUUCG